AUGACCUCCACCGAAGAUGCCCUAUUUAUCAAGGAGCUCCUCAACGAAAUGGAUAACUCAUUCUGGGACGCGGCUCCCUCCUCGCCCAUCUCGUCUCCAGUCAAGGCCGCGCCGACGACUCCCAAACCCAAGGCCAAAUCCACAUCUGUUGACGCGCGGGAUCUAACUCUGGAAGAGUUGACGCAAGGCGCAGGGGAUUGGAACUGGGAGGAUGACUUGCUUUCUCCGCAGAAGUCCCCGAUUAAGAAACCAGUGAAGCAGAAAGUGGAUUCCGCUGUCACCCUGGUAAGACCAGAAUUUGCGCGGUGCAUUGUAGAGGCAGCGUCUGUUUCUGGUUUGCAAAAGGAACUCAUCGUUAAACUCGAAAGUAAUAAAGAACGACGCAUCGUUGUCCUUCGCGACGAUUGGACAUACCUCGAUAUCCAGAAAGGUGAUAUCGUCAGCAUUGUCGGCAGCUGGGAAACCAUUCCUGAAUCCACGUCAUCCACCACUCUAUCCAUCGACAUCACCUCGCGCUCCAAUCUCCUUGUUCAUCACCCCGACAUUUUGUUGACCCCAACGGCACUCUCAUCCGCGCUCCAAUGCCGUCGAAAACCGUUACUUUCGCACCUAGUCCGGAACCCCAACGGAGACGUAACGCCUGCUCUUAUCUGGGGAAACAUGCUGCACGUUGUCGUUCAAUCGUGCCUUGCGAGUGGGCAGUGGGGCGACGCGCACGUGGCACGAUGCAUUGAUGAAGUAGUCUCGAAUGGCCUACUCGACCUGGUGAGGCUAGAAAUUGGUGCUGAGCAAGCUAAACGUGAGAUUCAUGCCCGGGCAAAAGGGCUCCAUGCAUUCGCGCAGAACUACAUAUCUUCUACACCCAAGUCUUCCGCUGUCCUCACGAAUACACGCGCCACUCGGUCUCAAACGGCUCUCCUUGCGCUGUCCGAGUUCUACGGCAGUGAAGAGGAUAUAUGGUCUCCGGAGUAUGGGUUGAAAGGCAAGAUUGACGCUGUUGUGGAAGCAAUUAUCUCGGAGAGCGUAUCGCCAAUUCGCCCUCCUGUGGUCAACAGCCAAACUCUACCUUUCGAAAUCAAAACUGGGAAGACGGUUGCUGGCAUGGAACACCGGGCACAGACUAUGCUCUACGCUCUGCUUAUUGGUGAGAGGUACGGGGUGGAAUGCCCGUCCGGCUUGCUUUAUUACACGCAGAGCGAAGAAGUCGUGUCAGUCCCCGUCGGUCGAAACGAGAUACGGGCGUUGAUGAUCAUCAGGAAUGAGAUAGCUGCCCAUAUGGUCGCUCGAUCGCGGGACAUGGAACUGGGACUUGGUAAGGAAGGCGGAAGGCCCCCGACGGCUCACCUACCUUCGACAAUCGACGACGAGCGGAUCUGUAAACGUUGUAAUGUUGUCAAUGCAUGCAUGCUUUAUCGCAAGGCAGUGGAACGUGUGGACGACAUGUCUUCCCCCAUUGCGGACACUUACGCUGUGCACACCAGCCAUCUCACCGAUGAACAGAGUGCAUUCUUCCGCAAGUGGGAGGCCCUUAUUUCAUUGGAGGAGCAGGAUCUCGUGCGCUUCAAGAAGGAACUCUGGACUAUGGGAGCCAUAGAGCGCGAAAAGAAGGGACGUUGCUUCGGCUCGAUGCUUGUGGACCGUUCUUUCUCUCCUCCCAACCUCGAAGCAUCCAAUUCUCUUUCGGGCAAGAUUCAUCGAUUCACGUACAAAUUCUUGCGGUCCCCAACCCCUUCGGGCACUGUCAAUUCACUCUUGAACGGACAUUUGGGCAUCGGGGACGCUAUCUCAGUUUCCGUAGAGCCCCAUCUACUAGCCUACGCUCAGGGUUUCAUCAUCGACCUUACGCAACGUAGUGUCACCGUAGGCAUCGAUCACAACCUUGAUGACGAUAUCCUGCGUGCUUUGAUACAGCGACGUACGGGGAUUAAGGUCGAGGAAGUCGUAUUCCGUAUCGACAAAGACGAGCUGUUCGCUGGGAUGAGCCGCAUUCGCGGUAACCUUGCUCAAUUAUUCUAUGCCGAUGGAGAUACGAGGCGAUUGGAGCUCGUCGUUGAUCUUAAACGACCCGAGUUCGACGAUUCCCCCGCAGCCUUGGCCGAAGUACGACGGAUUCUUGACCAAUACACCACUGGACUCAAUUCUAGUCAACAAGAAGCUAUUAUCAAAGCUCUGACGGCACGCGACUAUGCGUUGAUACUGGGCAUGCCUGGGACGGGGAAGACGUCUGUUAUUGCGACAAUCACCAAGCUACUAGUAGCGAUGGGAAAGACCGUAUUAUUGGCAUCGUACACUCAUUCCGCCGUGGAUAGUAUUCUUCUAAAGCUGAAAGAAGACGAAAAGCUUCGCAUCCUUCGAAUCGGAAACAUCGAUAAGGUCCACCCCGACAUACGCAAGUUCACUAUCUCUUCUCAGAAGAAGGCGACAUCCGUCGAGCAGAUUGAAGAACUGAUCCUGACGCCGCCUAUCGUGGCAACAACGUGUUUAUCUCUAGACAACCCCUUAUUUUCUCGGAGAACAUUCGACUACUGUAUAGUCGAUGAAGCCUCUCAGGCCACCCUACCAACGUGCAUUGGUCCCCUUCGAUACGCAGACAAAUUCAUCUUAGUCGGGGACCACUUCCAACUCCCUCCUAUGGUACGAAACCCCCAUGCGCGGAAAGGCGGCUUGGACAUUUCCUUAUUCCGUCGUUUGUCGGAAACACACCCGCAUGCAGCGAUUGACCUGGUCUAUCAAUACCGCAUGAACAAAGAAAUCAUGACACUCUCUAACGAACUCAUUUAUAAUAAUCGUUUGAUGUGCGGCUCCAGCGAAGUUGAGAGCAGAAGCUUGAAGCUGCCGAAGCCCGGGUAUCUACGGUCCAUACAUAACGGGAAAUCGCCGUGCAGACAAGGAGGCCAGAGUUGUUGGUUAGAUAGACUUCUCUCUGAAAGUUGCAAGGCUAUAUUUGUUGACACCGACCUUCUCCCUGCUCGCGAUUCGAAACAGGGCGAUCUCGUUCAAAACGAAACCGAAGCGUCUUUGGUCUUCCAACUGACUGAGGCUCUCCUAUAUUCCGGGAUCCAAGAAGAACAAAUCGGCGUCAUUUCAUUGUAUCGGCAACAAAUCAAGCUCCUGUCACAUUUGUUGGCAAAGAGGAAAGGAAUUGAAAUUUUGACAGCGGACAAGAGUCAGGGUAGGGAUAAGGAGUGUAUCAUUAUUUCCCUGGUUAGGUCCAACGAGGCAGGCCAGAUCGGUGACUUGGUGAAAGACUGGCGACGAAUGAACGUAUCCUUCACCCGCGCAAAAGCCAAACUCGUCCUCUUUGGUUCACGCAAGACGCUAGAAUCAACGCCUCUCCUUGAAGAGUUCUUCAAGCUUAUGGAUCUUCAUCGAUGGAUGUUGGAGUUGCCCCCGGGCGCCGAUAAGAUGCAUCUCCAGCUUCAGCCGCCUGGAGAAGGAGUCAAGUCAGAAGGGGACACACCAGAAUCCACUUUGAAACGUCCCUCGGAGGAGCUGUGCAUCACUACUGUUGGGGCGAAGGAAAAUUACCCAUCCACUCCGACCACUCCAUCGCCAAUCACCCGCGUAGGAGAAGAUGGACGACCAGCGAAGAGAGCGAAACCUUCCCCUAUACCUUCCCCUACGGCGCCCUUAAGUCAGCGAGGAAAUGCCCGCGGCUCUCGCGGCGGUUUUCUAAGAGGUCGACACAUCCUUCAAGACCUUGUGAACGACGUGAAGUAG